AGAGAGGGGAGAUGUUGGAGGCGAUUAAAAGCAUAUGCUUCCCAAAGUUCCCUCCGAUAUCCCCUUCUUCCCCGACGGAAUAUCCCCCUCGAAUUCUCCCACUCCUCUUCUCUCUCUCUUAUAUACUCAGCACGCCGUCUUUCUUGCUCCCACACGCAGCAACCAUUCCAACACACACGCAAGAAGAACUGCAGCUUGUGCGAACCAGGGCGUGCUUGGUGUGCUGUGAGGGUGGCGGCGGCAAUGGCGAUCGGCGCGGACGGCCUGGAGGAGGCGCCGCCGCUGCUCCUCGACGCCGACGAGGCCGCCUACCCGCGCCCGCGCCGCGUCGCGCUCUUCGUCGAGCCGUCGCCGUUCGCCUACAUCUCCGGGUACAAGAACCGGUUCCAGAACUUCAUCAAGCACCUGCGCGAAAUGGGCGACGAGGUCAUUGUUGUGACUAACCAUGAGGGGGUUCCCCAGGAGUUCCACGGCGCCAAGGUUAUUGGUUCAUGGAGCUUUCCAUGCCCACUGUAUGGAAAGGUUCCUCUGUCACUGGCACUCAGCCCUAGGAUCAUCUCAGAGGUUGCAAAGUUCAAGCCUGACAUCAUUCAUGCAUCCUCACCUGGAAUUAUGGUUUUUGGGGCCCUUGCUAUUGCUAAGCUGCUCAGCGUCCCCCUAGUGAUGUCCUACCACACCCAUGUCCCAGUAUACAUUCCAAGAUAUACAUUUAGCUGGCUUGUGGAACCGAUGUGGCAAAUCAUCAGGUUCCUUCAUAGAGCUGCUGAUCUAACUUUGGUGCCAUCUGCUGCUAUCAGCAAGGAUUUUGAAACUGCCCAUGUCAUUUCUGCUAACAGGAUACGCCUUUGGAACAAAGGCGUCGAUUCUGCCAGCUUCCAUCCCAGGUUCCGCAGCCAUGAGAUGCGAGUCAGGCUAAGUGAUGGUGAGCCCGAAAAACCGUUGAUAAUUCACGUCGGACGCUUUGGGCGCGAGAAGAAUCUGGAUUUCCUGAAAAUGGUAAUGGAUCGGUUGCCUGGAGUAAGAAUUGCAUUCAUCGGAGAUGGACCAUAUAGGACAGAGCUAGAGAAGAUGUUUGAGGGGAUGCCGGCGGUGUUCACCGGGAUGAUGCAAGGGGAGGAGCUCUCGCAGGCAUACGCGAGCGGCGACGUCUUCGUGAUGCCCUCGGAGUCGGAGACGCUCGGCCAAGUAGUCCUGGAGUCCAUGUCGUCCGGGGUGCCCGUGGUGGCGGUCCGCGCCGGCGGGAUCCCCGACAUAAUCCCGGAGGACGUGGAGGGGAGGACCAGCUUCCUCUUCGCCCCGGGGGACCUCGACGACUGCGUCGGCAAGAUCAGGCUGCUGCUGACGGACGACGAGUUCAGGGGCGAAAUGGGGAGGACCGCCAGGGCGGAGAUGGAGAAGUGUGACUGGAGGGCCGCCUCCAAGACGAUCCGCAACGAGUUCUACAGCUCGGCAAUCGACUACUGGCGGAAGAAGCAGGCGGAGAUGGUCCAGCCGCUGCAAUGGCUGGCACAAAUGUUCAUGCCGGCGUCGAACCGGGUCAUCGGCGGCGGCAUCAAGCAGUAGUGGUGCAUCUUAGCCAUGAUCUAAGCAGGUGGGGGGCUGGAAGAUGGAUGGACAACUCCAUGCACUCCUUGUAAAUUCUUGGUCUACAAUAGUUCAGUGUCUAUAGGUGAGAAGAUAGUUUCUACUCUUUUCUUUGUGGAAUUGGGAUACUGUGAUUGGUUGUAAUGUAAUAGUGGAAAUGUGACGAACUUUCUGGUGGUGCGCAUGAUCCAUCAGUGCAUCUUGUGAAAGCAAACACAAUCCAUAUCAGCCAUGAAA